AUGUCUGUGCAAUGCAUUGUUCAAGUUUCCGUGUUGGGAGUGAGACACGUUCUCGACCAAACGUUGGAAUUCGAGAAUGGUCUCAACGCCAUCGAGGGAUACAACGGAUCCGGAAAAACGACUCUGCUCAAAGCAAUCAAGUAUUGUCUCAACUACAUCCCCGACGACUCACUUGUCCGGAGAGACAGCUCUGUGGCGGUGAAGUUCCGCCUUACAAACGGACUGUAUCGGACGUACCGGAAAUUAACCGGUGACGCGGAAGACGAAGAACUGAAGCCGUACUCCAUAAAUGGCAACAAAGUGUCCGAUACGGAGUAUGUCGUCGACCUGAACAAUGUGGGAAUCAAUAACCACACUGUUCAUUUCAUGAUUCCAGAAUUCGACUGGAAAGAAAUGGCCAGAAAGGAUAACUGGCAAUUGGCGCUUCUCAUUGAAAAUUUGUCGCCAGAACUCGAGGAUAUCAAAUAUGACUUUGAAGAGGUGCAAGAAAAACUCCGAAGAAGAAGUGGAAAAGAAAAGGAUGAGGAGUUCGACCGCUUGCAACGUCAAUUGGAGGAAGUGAAAACCAGACGAAGAACUACGUUCCUGGAAUCUUUCGAUGCCUUAGCCACACAAGUCGACCGCUACUACAAAAUGGUCACCGGAGAUCAGAACGUCAAGGCUGAGCUCAAAAUAGUAAACCCCGCCGAGCCCUAUGAGGAAGUGGAGUUCCUCAUUUCCUCCAAACAUGGGACAAUCGACACCCUGGCGCUCUCAUUUGGAGAAAUCAGUUUUGUCUCAACCGCCCUGAUGUUCGCUUUCCAACACGCCCUUCAAACACCGUUUGUCAUUUUGGAUCGAUUUGAUGUGUCGUUCUCCGGAACAUCUUGUAUAAAGGUGUCUCGUGGACUCGUGGAAAUAAUGGAGGCGACCGGACUACAGAUCAGUGUAAUUUGUCACAAAGACAUGAUGGGUGAAGUCGUUGUGAACGUCAUCCACCUGAAAGGAAAAGAGUAG